AUGGCAACAGUCACUUCCCCACGCCCUUCCAACCCCUCCGGCUCCCUCGCCAGCACGCCCACCACAUCCCGCACCACCUCCCCGGCCCCAACCCGCCGCCAACACCGCGCCGCUCUCCGCGACUACUACAAUCUCAAAACCGCCGCCCCCAACGAAGCACCCUCGAACUCCCACGCCUCGGAACCGGAUUCCCCAUCCAGCGAGCUCGACGCCUCGGACUUCGACGCGGACGCGUACGUGAAGUCCGUCCUUGCAGGGCAUGGGUUGGAAGGGGUGCUCAGGGUCGAGGCGGGCUUGGUCAAUGAGAUCAAAGGGCUAGAUGGGGAGAGGAAAGCGUUGGUGUAUGACAAUUAUUCGAAGUUGAUCACGGCGACGGACACGAUUAGGAGGAUGCGGGAUAAUAUGGACCCGUUGACGCCGACGACCAGUACGCUGAGUCCGGCUGUCGCGCAUAUUGCGGAGACGGCGAGGGGGCUGGUUGCGAGGGCAGGGAACGGAAAUGGUGGAAAGGAGGCAGAUGGUGGGGAGGAAAGAAGAGAGGUGGAGAAGGUGAGAAGUAGGCAGAGGGAUACAGUGAGGUGGGUGUUGGGCACGCCGAGGAGGCUGGGGUUGAUGAUUGAUGACGGGAGGGUGGAGGAUGCGAAAAGGGAUUGGGGGGAGAUACAGGGGAUACUACGGAGAUGGCGAGAUGUAGCUGGCGUUGAAGAAUUGAGAGAUGCAUGUGAAAAGACCAUGAGCAAAGUCUGA